AUGCGAGAGCAAAGAUUGGAGGCUCGGAUUGGUGUACGAGUACACGGCACGAGAUACUCCACAGCAAAACUCUCCAGUGUAGGAUUUCGUGUGGUCGGCAACAGAGCAAGGGCAAUGUGUGCCGACGCGAAUAUCCCAGAUGACAUCCGUCAUCUGGUAUUCCCAAAGGCAGUGGAAACAGCAACCAAGUUGGAUGGACUUGUACCGGUGAGAUUGGAAGGCACAUUGAAGACACGAUAUGAACAUGUCUUUGGAGAAAAUCCACCUUAUGCUGGCUACCUCAAGACAUGGGGAGAAGCAGGAACUGUCACCAUAACGUCCAAGCUUCAGCCAAAGGGCAAAGAUCGAGGAGCUGUGUGCAUGUUUGUUGGAUACCCCAAUGCACAUGCAGGAGACUGCUAUAAAAUGUGGGAUCCAUCAACACGCAGAGUUCACGUAUCAAGAGAUGUGGUGUGGCUACAUCGAAUGUACUACAAGAAGACCCAGAAAGCUGGAGAGGGAACAAGCAAUGAAGAAGCUAUCGAGCUUGAAGAAGAUGAACUAAGCGUCAUCCAAGAAGAACCCGAAAGAAUUGACGGGGAACAGGAAGAAGAAGAAGAGAACGGAAAAGAGAACGUUGAAGAACGUCAAGACGAAACCCAAAAUGAAGAGCACGUGCCUGACACUGGAGUUCAGACCAGAUCUGGCCGUGUGGUGAAACCUCGCGAUCGAUUGAUCGAAACAAUGGAAGUUGGAGGCAUCGCCACUGAUUAUGAGAUAGGGCUCACGCCUGCUGAAGAGAGGUACUACGAUGCUAUGGAACGUUUUCCAGAGGCAUUUGGUGAGGUGUCCUGUGUCGGAGCCGGAAUCGGAGGAGGAUUCACGAACACACAGGAGUUGCAUGUCUUGGACUACAACCAAGCCAUGGCAACAGACGACAAGAAGGAUUGGCAGAAGUCGGUCGAAGAAGAGUACCAGAGAAUGGUCGACAGCAACGU